AUGUUCUACUCCCAGUCGAUCCUGGCGAGGAAGAGCCCGCUGGGCACGGUGUGGAUCGCCGCGCACCUCGAGCGCAAGGUCAAGAAGGCGCAGGUCGACGGCAUCGACAUCCCUACCUACGCCCAGUCCAUAAUGUUCCCUGAGGUUCCAAUUGCUCUGAGAUUAUCAGGGCAUCUUCUUCUAGGGCUAGUUCGCAUCUACUCAUGGAAGGUGAAUUACCUGUUUCAAGACUGUAAUCGAAUGCUGAGCACAAUCAGAACCGCUUUUGCCUCUGUGGAAGUAGAUCUGCCAUUUGAUGCCGACCAUGCUCCUUUUGAGGUUAUCACAUUGCCAGAAACAUUUAACCUUGAUGACUUAAACCUGGAUGAUGCAAUUCGUCAGAUGGAAACGCCAGAUAAUCAUCGUAAAACUUUUGAACAGAUCACCUUGUCUGAGGAACAGUAUGUGACGAUCACUCUUGAUGAGGAUGGUAGAGCAGAACCAUCUCCUGCUGGCCGAUCCUUGUUUAUUGAGCCUGAACCACCUGAGCAAGGGACAUUUCCCCCAUUCCCUGAGGAUGCCAUGUUUGUAGAUCCUCCAGAAGGCACAAACACUAUUAAUGGGGAGCAAGACUCACCAGAAAGAUUGCGUGAAGCACCCGAGAGCCUGCUGAGCUUUAAAGGUGUUAUUGAUGGCAGUGACCCCAUGGAUGAAGAUCCGUCACCCUUCAUAUACAAGGCUACCACACCACCAGCAAUGGACUCAUCUUUAUCUGCUGGUAGAGGAUCUUUGCCUGGGACGUCCAUGCCCAAUGUAUCAAGGAGUAUCAGCCAUGAUCCUAUUGAAGAUGAAGAUCCAAGCGGCACUGGAAUCUCGUUACCUGUAUUUGUCCUGGAACCAUCUCCACCUCAAGUACCAGAUAGCAAGAGAAAGAGAACGUUGGAAGUACAAGAGAACAAGAGAAAGAGAACGUUGGAAGUACAAGAGAACAAGAGAAGCCGCAUAUUUGAUGAGAACAUAGUAAUCUCCAAUGACUAUAUGGGCAAACAAAUUGCUGGCAAAGAACUAUGUAAGCUGGCUUCCAAGAGGAAGAAACUACCCCAUACAGCAGUGGAUAUUUGGAAAUAUAACAGGAUCCGCCAAAAGGACAGCUUCUUCUUUGAACCUUUGGUACACGGAAUGUGUACUGACCUGCAUAAUGUCUACAAGGCUGAAUUUCCUCAGGCGAGUGCCUCUGGUGCUGAGUCUGCCUCUCAUGAACGGGCUAACGAUGUUGCAAAUGUUGAAGAGCAGGAUGCACUGCCUCACCGAAAUGCAGAAGCACAGCCUGAACCUCACCUCACCCCAUUGUCUCCAGAAAAUGGAGAUGCAACACCAUUUGAUUUUGCACCUGAGCUUCCUCGGUUCUCUCCAGGAGGGAAUCAAUCUCCAGUAAGAUAUGAUGAUACCCCUUUCAAGACUCCAGGUGGAACCCCACAGUCUAGACCUGGAGGAACUGGUGCUACGGAAAUACCAGCAACAUAUGGCAGUUAUGCAUCACCUGGACAGAGCACUCGUGUGUCUGACCCAAAUGGAUCUCCAUUCCCGUUCGAUGAUGAACUUGAGGAAGAUCUGCCAGAGAUUCCUGGGCUCAUCAGUACACCUAGCAUGAUCUCUAGUGCGAGUACUGGCACCACAGGAUUAGGUAGCAUGUCUACUAGGACAAGGGCUGUUGCUGAGUAUUUCAGAAACAAGAUAUCUUCAGCCUCAUCAGACGAUCAACGGGGGAAAUUCUGUUUGAACGGAAUCUUGGAAGGGAGGACAAGGAAGCAAGCUGCACGCAUUUUUGAAACAUUGGCCCUGAAGAGUUACGAUUAUAUUGAUGUCGAGCAGGAAGAAGCAUAUAGUGAUAUUUCAGUUUCCCUUAGACCUUCACUCUCAACCGCCAAACUCUAA